AUGGCUCCCCAAAUCACCGUCCUCGGCUCCCUCAACAUCGACCUGACGUCCUACGUCCCCCACCACCCCCUGCCGGGCGAGACCCUCACCUCGAACUCGGUCGUCAUCUCCCCGGGAGGCAAGGGCGCCAACCAGGCCGUCGCCUGCGCCAAGCUCUCCCGCCCCCGCGAGUCCCCCUCCGACGCCGCCACCGAGUCCGCCUCCGUCUCCAUGAUCGGCGCCGUCGGCAACGACUCCUACGGCUCCCUCCUCCUCUCCCACCUCGCCGGCUACGGCGUCCGCACCGACCGCGUCACCGUCGGCGACGACCUCAAGACCGGCAUGGCCAUCAUCGUCGUCGACGAACCCACCGGCCAGAACCGCAUCAUCCUCGCCCCCGAGGCCAACCACGCCGUCGUUCCCGAGUCUUUCGGCUCCCUUCCCGAGACCCUCUCCCCCAAGCCCGACCUGCUGGUCAUGCAGCUCGAGGUGCCCCUCGAGACCGUCCUCGCCGCCCUCCGCUCCGCGAAGACCGCCGGCGUCCCCGUCCUCCUCAACCCGGCACCCGCCCAGCGCCUCCCCGACGAGGCCUUCGACGGCCUCGCCCACCUCGUCGUCAACGAGACCGAGGCCGCCAUCCUCUCCGGCUGCAAGGAGUCCGACCUCGACACCCUCGACGGCCUCAAGCGCGUCGGCGAGUGGUUCAUCGCGAAAAAGGUAGAGAACGUCAUCAUCACCCUCGGCGGCCGCGGCGUCUACUACGUCAACAAGGAGGGCUCCUCCGAGCUGAUCCCCGCCGAGAAGGCAAAGGUCGUCGACACCACCGCCGCCGGCGACACCUUUGUCGGUUCCUACUGCGUCUCUGCCGUCGCCGCCCAGGCCGAGGGAAAGACUUUUGAUAUCGCCCAGAGCAUUCGUAGGGCCAACCACGCCGCGGCCAAGACCGUCGAGCGUAAGGGCGCGCAGACCUCCAUUCCCUGGAGGGAUGAGCUCCAGUAA